AUGUCUAAACAGUUUGUUUAUACUACUGAUGAAAGAAGGUCGUCCGUAAUAUACUCGACAAGUGCAGGAAAGGGAGGUCUUCUUAUCCCACAGGAUUACAUACCAAGUUCAUCUAGAGAUACAGUCAUAGAUGAACUUUCAGAUGAAAACAUUGACGUGGAAACGGGUGAAGGACCGGGAUACGAGUCUUUAUUGGAUGCUAACAAUUCUAGGACUCUACAACGUGAGGCAGAACAACAAAGUUAUGGGACUCUUGAGAAUGAAUUCAUGGAAGCAUCGCCAAUUUCACGUAGGAAUUCAGUAUCAAAGAGACUCGUCGAUGAAGAACGUGAUCUGCUGAUUGAUAAUAAAUUAUUAGACGAAGAAACGCACAAUAAUCAAGGUUCUUCAUCAUCAGAAGAAGAACAAAUCUUUGCCAGGGCUCAUGAAAACGAAGACGAAGUGACAGAAGUACUUGACACCUGGGAAACAGUUCUAGAUUCUGGGAAAACCAUUAGCACUACCUAUAAGAGAGAAAUCCAAGUAAUUACUUACAACGCAUUACCACUAAUUUUCACAUUCAUUUUACAAAAUUCGUUAUCAUUAGCAUCAAUAUUUUCUGUAUCACACCUAGGAACGAAAGAGCUAGGCGCCGUUACAUUAGGCUCUAUGACUGCAAAUAUCAUGGGGCUUGCCGCAAUUCAAGGGCUUUGUACAUGCCUUGAUACUCUUUGUUCACAAGCCUAUGGAGCCAAAAACUAUCGUUUAGUUGGGAUCUUAGUUCAAAGAUGUGCCGUCAUCACAAUAUUGGCAUUUUUACCAGUGAUGUACAUAUGGUGGUCAUGGUCUGAAUUUUUAUUAUCAGCAAUGAUCCCAGAGAAGGAACUUUGCUAUCUAGCAUCAAGAUAUCUUAGAAUUACCGCGUUGGGUGUUCCCGGUUUCAUUUUAUUUGAAUGUGGUAAAAGAUUUCUACAAUGUCAAGGUAUAUUUCACGCUUCCACCAUUGUUCUUUUCGUCUGCGCUCCAUUGAAUGCUAUAAUGAACUAUCUUUUCGUAUGGGAUAAGAGAAUUGGGAUUGGUUAUCUAGGUGCACCAUUGUCUGUAGCAAUCAACUACUGGCUAAUGGCAUUUGGUCUACUACUUUAUACAGUAUCCACUAACCAUGAAACUAAUCCACUAAAAUGUUGGAAUGGAAUAAUCAAGAAACAUCAAGUUUUCAAGAAUUGGCGUAAAAUGUUUAAUUUAGCACUACCAGGUAUAAUAAUGGUUGAAGCCGAAUUUUUAGGUUUUGAAAUUUUGACCAUAUUUGCAUCGCAUAUCAAUACAGCCUCUUUGGGUGCUCAAUCAAUCGUAGCUACAGUGGCCUCAUUUGCAUAUCAAGUACCAUUUUCUAUCUCAGUAUGCACAAGUACUCGGGUUGCAAACCUCGUGGGUGCAUCCUUGUAUAAAAGUUGCAUUAUAACAUGCAAAGUAUCACUACUAUUGUCUUUUGUCUGCUCAAGUAUCAACAUGUUUAUAAUAUUCAAUUUUAAAAGACAAAUUGCAGCUUUGUUUUCUAAUGAGGAAGAAGUUAAACUCCUAGUUGUCUCUGCAUUAUCAAUUCUAGCAAUUAUGGAACUUUUCGACGCAUUUAAUGCAUCUACAGCAGGAUGUUUACGUGGACAAGGAAGACAAAAGAUUGGUGGAUAUAUUAAUCUAUUCGCAUUCUAUUGUAUUGGUAUUCCAAUGGCAUAUUUAUUGACAUUUGUCUUUAAAAUGGGUAUCAAUGGACUAUGGACAGGUAUAACGUGUGCAUUGAUGAUGAUGAGUAUAUGUCAAGGAUAUGCAGUAUUUCAUGGAGAUUGGGAAAAGAUCUUACUUGCUGCAAAACUAAGAAAUUCCGAAACUGCGGGACAUCGUUAA